AUUGUCUCUGCAGAAUGUUCCUUUGUGCUCCUACUGUAUAAGGCUCUGAGGCCAGCCCAUCUUCCUGCCUCUUCUCCCCACUGAGUAGUCAGAAGAGCAGAAAACCCUCAUAGGCCUGUGCAUCUGGGGCCUGUGCCCUGCAGACAAGGUAGCCACUGUCGCCAUGGCCCGCAUCGUCGACCUGGUGCCCUGGGAGGACGGCUCCACCCACGUGUACGCGUCCCCGGCCAUCUCGCUGCCGGCGGUGCGAACGCGCAACCAGCUGGCGGGCGUGAAGCGACAGCUGUACCACCCGGCCCUGCCCAGCCUGCGCCGCAUGGACAUGGACUCUGUCAGGGCCUGUCUUUCAGACGAGCACUGCCGGUCCACCACCUACUGCCGCAAAGAUGACUUUGACAACGCCUACUUCACACUUUUCGGUGUCCCCAAUAAACCUCUGCAGUGCUUGGACAUCACCGAAACCGGCAGGAGACUCCGAAUCAGGUGUCAUGAGGGAAAGCUGGUACCCAUCGCGCCAGGCAUCAACCGGGUGGACUGGCCUUGUUUCACUCGCGCCAUUGAGGACUGGUCCCGCUUCGUGUCCUCGGCUGGCGAGUUCAAGUUGCCCUGCCUGAACAAGAGGGUGGAGAGUUUCAGUGGCUACGCGGUGCGGUACUUGAAGCCCGAGGUGACCCAGAACUGGCGGUCCCCAGGGCAAUGUGCGGGGCGGGGGCGGGGGUCAGUGUCCCCCUAGAUUCACGGACCCCCCAUUCCUCUGGCCCUGCGCCAGUACUGUCUCAACCAGAACCCCAGCCUGGACCGCUACGGACAGAAGCCCCUGCCUUUCGACACCCUGAAUGCUUACCGAUGCUUUGGCUCAAUCUACAGCCGUGUCAACUACCUGACCCCCUGGCAUUAA